CCCGCCACAGAAAUAAUAAACGUCUAUGAUAAAGACGGCACAGAGGGAGCCCGCAUUGACUGUAAACAGUUCAUAGAGGGCGUGUGUGUCAACAGGGAAGGUUUAUGACAACAUAGAGCGAGCUAAAUAACCGAUCAGAGUAAAUAUAUUUGUCGGUUUUUGGAGGUCGUUGAGCAGGAGUCGUAGCUAGCUAGCCAAUUCUAGCUAACACAGUGUCAUUUAGCGUUGGCUCAUCAGCUCCAUUAAAACAGCCAGUAGGUACAGUUACUGUCAGGUGACCCUCUGGGUAAACGGUGUGUGGGGAAAAAGUGCGUUUCGUAGAGCCUCCUCUGUUGGAGAAGACGUCGGUCAGAUAAGUGACGUUGAGGAUCGGUGAUGGACUUCGUUGCAGGAUGCAUCGGAGGUGCUGCUGGAGUCUUGGUUGGACACCCAUUUGACACAGUGAAGGUGAGACUGCAGGUUCAGAGUGUUGAUAAGCCUCUGUACCGUGGGACCUUACACUGUUUCCAGUCCAUCAUACGCCAGGAGUCGUUAUUUGGUUUGUAUAAAGGCAUUGGAUCCCCCAUGAUGGGCCUGACAUUCAUCAAUGCGAUAGUGUUUGGCGUCCAGGGAAACACCAUGCGCCUGCUGGGACACGACACCCCAACAAACCAGUUCUUGGCCGGUGCAGCGGCAGGUGCCAUCCAGUGUGUCAUCUGCUGCCCCAUGGAGCUGGCCAAAACCCGCAUGCAAAUGCAGGGUACCGGAGAGAAGAAGUCUACUAGGAAGCUGUAUAAAAAUUCCCUUGACUGCUUAGUACGCAUCUACAACCGCGAGGGUCUGCGGGGUGUGAACAGAGGUAUGGUUACCACGCUCAUCCGCGAAACGCCUGGCUUCGGAGUGUACUUCCUGGCUUAUGAUGUGCUGACUCGCAGCCUUGGCUGUGAGCCCGACGACCGCUACAUGAUCCCCAAACUGCUGUUCGCCGGGGGCAUGGCCGGCAUCGCCUCCUGGCUCUCCACCUACCCCGUGGACGUGAUCAAAUCGCGACUCCAAGCGGACGGGGUGGGCGGAGUCAACCAGUACAGCAGCAUCGCUGACUGCGUGCGGCAGAGUGUCCGGAGGGAGGGCUACAUGGUGUUCACGAGAGGCCUCACUUCCACGCUGCUACGAGCCUUCCCUGUGAACGCCGCCACCUUCGCCACCGUCACCCUCGUCCUCCUGUACGCGCGGGGGGUGGAGGAGGGACCCAAAGACUGCGAGCUGGCUCCGGCGAGCCACCACGCGCAGAUACAGCAGCAGGCACAGCCUUCCAGCCUGUGACCGCACAACAGACCUUCCCCCUCGACAUGGGCACUUUACAAGAGCAUGGAGACAUAAAAAUAUACAUGUGAACUAUUUAUUACCGUCUCACUCAGCGUAACAUCAGACCAGCCAUUCCCAGUUUUGAGUCGGAUAUAAAAACUGCUUUAUACAAGCGUUUGUUUUUACUCCAUGUAAAAAGGAAACAAAAUAAGAGGAAAAACAUAUUUAUUUUUAGCAAUGUUUGAAGUUUUGUGCAGACGUGUAAAGGAAACGAUAUUACCUCUAAAUAGAUGGAAAUUGGAUCUGAUUGAUUUGUGAACUUUUAACAGUAGCUUUUAUCUUUAUUUUUAGCAAUCAUUCGCUGAUCUAGACUUGUUACUGAGCCACAAAACUGCUGGUGUGGCUGGGUAGUGUGCAAAAUGUAGGAGUUUAAUAUCCAUGGCGUACAGUUUAUCUUGAAAUGUGUUUAACUCCAUCUGUAUAUAAGAUUGAUUUUGAGUAUGUUUAUUGGAAACCUUUUUUCUGCCUUAUAAGACAGUCAUUUUAUUUUGUAUAAGGUAGCUGAAGCACAUGUCUGUCCCUGAACUGUAUCCUGUGAAGAGUCGGGGGAGCAAAAGGGAACUGCUGUAGCAUGUGAAAGGUGUGCAGAACUUUUUACUUCUCUCUGCUUUCAAACCAAAAACCAUUGCAGCUAUAACCUGUUCCUAACUAAAGCACUAUUAGUCCUCAAGGCACAUGUCCGUAUCAACUGUAGAAAAAAAAAACAAUCUGGUCUGAAGGGCUCUUCAGGGACCGAAUGAAAAGUGUCUGUGAAUCAGGACCGUGGAAGGCAUUUUGUUUUACUGUAUGUCUUGUUUGGUUGCGUGUUGUGUUCUACCAAAUAAUGUGAAGUUUUAUUAUUCUAACUUUACUGUAUUAAAGGCCUAGUCCAGAAGUGGAACAUGGUGCUAUAUGUGGCACUGUCCUCAUCCCACUUAUAUUUUAUGUUAUUUUAGUUUAAUGGAAUCCUUCAUGAUUUUUUUUUUUAUUAUUGUUUUAUUUGAAGCGGUAAAUAAUGUGCAUCUUUAAAGCUUUGUAAAAACAUUAAAAUUGAGGAUACAUAUUUUACAGUAUUUAUGGCAGGAGGAGAGUCUUUAAAGUGCUCAGUUUGGAAUUAUAUGUAUUAAACACUGAAGUGCAGAAAUAGAAAAUGCCAAUCAAUAACAUUUGCUAAAAACCAUGAAUAUGUUAAGGGUACAAGCUUGAGUGGUUGAUGAUAAGAGUCUUCAUAAAAGCAUCUAAAAUGAUAUGAUUGUGUGUGAGUCUAAUAUCAUGCUGGUCUCUAAAUGUGUAUUUGAGUCCAAGAAUCGAUGACAUACUGUACCUAAUCUGGACUGAGGCUUGUAAACAGAUGUAUUUAUUAAUUAAUUUAUGCUAACUCUAUGACGUGUACAAGUACUGUUAACAAGUGGGAGUUGUCGACUUUCUGCGUGCGCACUCCGAAAGACUUUUGUUGCUUUGAAGAAGUCCCCCCAGAUGUUUGUGUCGGCUCCCGUCAAAGCAAAGUUCCACCAAAUGAACUGUGGCGAGCAGGAAGUCACGCCUGCACCAAAGUGUGUACGCUGAAUGUAGCACUCCUGUAUCCACGUGCAGGUGUUCUGUCUGAAAGUGGGGAAUCCUGCUUGACUGUAAUUGUCACUGUUGAUCCCGAAUGCUAUGUUGUGGCGAUAGAAAAGUGAAAGUGUUCAGAUUGCUUCGUCUGUACGAGCUGCUUGUGCUGAACUGUAAACUCAAGCUGUGACUGUUAUCACCAGCUAUUCCGUCUGACGCGAUGAUUGCUGAUGUUGAACGAUGCGACAUGUGCAGGAUGUAACCGUGAAAGCGGGAGAUUGUUUUUGAAGUGACUGGUGAUGUACAGCGUAUAAAUACACAUAACGUAUAUUUUUCAUUCUGAAGUAGUCUUGUAGCGUGGUUCCAUGAACGUCUGAGUUGCAGCAGCUGAUCGUUUUCAGUUAGCGGUUGUACUGAAGACAUUUGAACUGAAAAACUGAUAUUUUUGUGUCAACAAUAUGCUAAUAAAAAGCAUCAUCUGCUCUGA